GCACAGUGUAUAUAUAGACUCAGAACCAGAUUCAGAAUUCCAUUUUCCCUAGUUGCAGAUGGUAUUCUAUAUAUUUACUUAAACAUGUAGGCGUCUUGCAUUGGAAUCCCUGGGGAUAACCCUGUAUAAUAACAGUUCAGCGAUCCUUUAUUUCCGUAUUCGUACUUAAAAAACAGACCUAAUUUGCGACGCAUCAUUAACGAAUAAUUUCUACUUGGAUUUUUUACUUUCCUUCGGCACAGAUUGUUUUUUUUAUUACAAGAUUUUUUAAAUGCUUCGGUCAAAAGUUCAGAUAUUGUUUGCGAUGACUUGGAAGAUUCCAAUCGAUUUCAUUUUUAAAGAGAAGUUCACAUUUUAGUAAACACUAAACAGACUCUGGCAAAACGUGAAUCGGUCUUCAGACUUGAAGUCUUGAAUAACGGUGAAUAAAAAAAACCUCGGACCAACGAGACAAAAAAAAACCAACAAUCAAUUCGCUGCCAUAGGGCUUAGAUUUAUAUUACAAAGAAGUCAGAAAGAAGUUGUCUUUUUUUCUUAUAAAUUCCAGCAAAAAAUUGUCUAGAAGCUUACACGAGCACCUGUGCUGGUUCUAACUUUUUGUUUCUGCUUUUAAAUAGUGAGCUGCUGAGUAAUACCGAGAAAAAGCUGGAGAACGGAGGCGGGCAGAAUCACUUCCAGGCAAGAAAAACCUGAGACCUUAAAAAGACCAGUGUGCAUAGCAAUCCGGUUUUUUCUUCCACCUUUCUUCGUCAAGACCCCCUCUCUUUUCAUUCGUUUGAACUCGAAUCAAAAGAAAAAAGAAGAAGCCUACCUCGUUUUGUUUUGUUUUUUUGUCUCUUGCCGAGGCCAAGCAAGAGGAUCCAAUGGAAAUCGAUGGGCGGGGUUGAGCAGGAUUCGUAUUAACCUAGAUAUUCUGCCCACAAUGCAGGAGCCACGCUACCUCCUAUGCGCGUGUCGUUUUGCAGGUUUUCCGCGUCGACCAAAUCUCACUCGACAAGUUUUUUCCUCGUGUACACAUGCAUGCAGAAGCGAUACACAGCGCACCUUGCUCAGUCCGGGUGAUGUUCUAUCCAACGACACAAGUGCACACUGUAGCAGUGCAACUGGCCGUCGUUGAUGAUGGGCAGUUUGAUAUAGGAUUUUAGUGUUUGUAUUACAACAGGUGUUUGUUAUGGUCGCCUAGUUCGUUUACAGAGGCCUACCCUCCCAAGUCCGAACUCACUUUUCCCCCCAGCUAGUGUUUAUAUCCUUGGGCAACGAUUGAAAAGAUAUAAUAGCCUUCCACUAUAACCACAACACACAUCGAGAAUCAACCCCAUAAGAUGGUCGCCACAGCGCUUGUUUUCAAAGUUUGGGUUUUAUCGGGACUUGUUUGUCUUUCUCAACUGACCUCCACUUAUUGUGCAAGUGCCCCUUUUUCGACAUCCGAUCUACAGUCGACCAGCUUCAAUGGCACGCAAGGGCACCCAGUGGAUGGGGGAAUAAAGGUGACCAAAUCUCACCCUGAGUCGAAUAAAAAUAAUUCUGUCACUGUGAUGAAGACAUGGCGCUCAAGGUUCGACCGUAUGACGCAGACGAGUCGCAAACUAAACGCCAAAUCGCUAGUUAGCCCGCAGUUAACCUUGGACAAAAUCUAUCUUUUCAUCGACACGGUGAAUGACAUAAUGAAUGGAAAAACCAGCGAUACCAAGUUUAACAGAAUGGUGAAGACAUGGGGCGUACUGUACACUUCACUGGGCGCUCAAGCUUUGAAUAAUUUCUUUAAUAUGUGGGUCAGUCUGUGGACCGUCAUCGAUGCCGUAGCAAACAUCGUUCGCGCUUACGAAACCAGGAUUUUAAAUGUAAUAAAUGAAAAUGAACCACCGGAACCCAACCCGUUAGAAGAUUUGCAAGCUUCACUGGACGAUGCCAACAAUAACAUUGCAGCAGUAUCGGAUCUCUUCCAAACCUUGGCGCGGAUGGGCGAAAUUGGUGAUACCGAAAAUCUUGACGACGGAGAAGUGCAAAUCCUUAAACGGACGUUACCGCAAGACCCACGGCAAGAAGAGGAUGACGACACUGAAAACAAUCGCGCUGCUGCUGCACAUUAUGAAAAAAGUGCAGAGGAGAGAAAAGAUUCCGUUUACUCCAAAGGGCAAGAAGUAAAUAUUCAACAGGACCAUGUACCACGUGAGUCACAACUCGGAACAAAUCGUCACUUAUUUAGUCCAGCCAAAUUUGGUAGCGAUCCCGCAAAUAAUCGCCAGAAUCUGUACUCAACUACAGAGAGAAAUGCCCAUCAUUUAAAUCCCGUUAGCGAUUCUCGACAAAUCCAACGUUUUUCCGUGAAAAGCGAUCCCGAUAACCGAAUAAAUCGCCGCCAAACGAUGGUACGUGAAUCGACCCCUAAGUCGACAAGUACGUACCCAUCUAAUCUUGAAUUGCACCGAGCCUUUGGUGAUAGAAACGCGCACAGUCCCACUAGAAGCAAGCGCUCUUUUUUAGACUAUAAUUUUGGCAUCGAUAGAUUUGUUUUUGUCAUGAGGAAAAUGAACAACGUUUUAAACUCCAACACCAACAACAGGCAGCUCAACAGAUUCACUUCGUCGUUCAACAAUCUUUUCGCCUCUGACGGCUUGACGGCUUUCAACACGUUUUACACUUUAUUGGCUAGCUUCUGGACCGUCGUCGACGCCGUCGCCAACAUUUUCCGAUUCAACGAAGCUCGUGUUAGGGAUGCAGUUCAACGGAACCAAGAUCAAAAUCAGCCUGAUCCGCUGGGCGACUUGCAGGCUGAAUUGGAUGAUACCAAUGCAAAUUUGGAAGAAGUUGCCGAACUUGUUACUACCUUAGAUCAAGCAGCUGCCAGACUGGAAACUGUAACCGGUGACGAGUUUGAUCGAAGCGGCGUGAAAAAUAUAAAAAAGAAGAAGAAGAAGAAGAAGAAGAAGUCUAAGAAACACGGCAGUCGCCGGAGGAAACCUUCACUUCAAACUACUCCGCAACCAACUCGUCAACCCUACUAUCCAGUGACUCACAAAAGUUACUCCGUAACGCGAGAUUAUUCAUUUUCAACUCAUCCUCCAAUCCAACCAGCAUCAAGUGAUAGAUGGAAACCCAUUUACGGUAAUUGGUCCCCAAUUAUCCCCCAAUCAUCCGCUGAAUCAAAUCGCAACAUUUAUCAGUAUCCGGCAGUUAGCUAUGCCAGCCAAAUUUCAAACAGCCAAAACAAUAAUCCCCUCCCAUCGAGUACAACAUACAGCUAUUUCAGUCCAACAAACAAUGCUGUCGGCCGAACGAAUCCCCAGCCACCUUCGAUCGCAGAAAAUCGAUACGCAAUGAACUACGAUAACCGUAUGAGCAAUCUCCAGCAAUCUUCUCCCGAAAUAAACCGCCACACCUAUCCCGCUAGCAACGAUGACCAUGCCAAAUUCAACAGUUGGGUGGGUCUCCACCGCUCAACAGCCAGUGGCCAACGAUACAGGAAGGCUAGCGCCAUCGUUCAACCGAAAAGAAAGUAAUAAAAAAUUUUGCCCUUUUACAGUGUACCAGUGUACCUAUACUGAAUUUGUCACGAACAUGGGAAGCUGUAAAACGCAACAGAAGAUGAUAGUUACCUGUUGUUCAAAAGUCUCCCUAUUUUGAUGUUUCCUAUAUUGAAGUUUAUUACUUGUUGAUAAAUGUUGCAGUCCUAUUAUUUAGUGUGAAUUCAUUUUUUCGAUUGCAAGAUCUGCAAGAUAAAGGCGAACGUCCAUAUGAACGGUGUAUUGAUACAUAUACACGUUUACUAUUUCAUAUUGUGUGUGUUUAACUAUUCACCGUACAGUUAUUUGUUAACGCUAUCUGUUUGUUGUGAUCCUUGAAUGAAAAUCGUAGAAAGAAACAUGAGUAAAUUUUUUUCAGCCAUCAA